AUGCACUCUGCACGCCUGUCUUUCUUCAUCUGCACCGCGCUAGCCGCCGCAUCGUUCGCUGCACCUGUUCCAUCCGACCAACCUUCCUCUUCCAACGCGCGCUCCGUCACCCACGUUAAACGCUACGACGCUCCCGCUCCCGAACCCGAGCCGUACCAACCUCCUGCCGAGUACUACGAGCCUCCCGCGGAGGAGUACCAGCCUCCCGCCGAGUACUACGAGCCUCCGAAAGACGAGUACGAGCAGCCCAAGGAGCAGUACGAAGCGCCCAAGGACGAGUACUACGAGCCUCCGAAGGACGAAUACAAGGAGCCCGAGCCGGAGUACGAGCAGCCGAAGGACGAGUACGAGUACAAGGCACCCGAGGAAGACUGUGACCCGCCUGCGGAUGAGUACGCGCCGCCCGCUGACGAGUACAAGCCGCCGAAGCAGUACAUCAAGGCGCCGCCUAAGGAGGAGUACCAGCCUCCGAAGGACGAGUACAAGGAGCCGCCCAAAGAGUACGAGCCGCCUAAGGACGAGUACAAGGCGCCUGAGGAGCCCUGCGAUCCGCCCAAGGACGAGUACAAGCCGCCGCCGACGUACUACAAGGAGCCUGAACCCGAGCCGUACCAGCCGCCUGCUCAGUACUACGAGCCUCCGCCUCCCGCGCCGUACUACGCGCCACCGGCCGAGUACUAUGAGCCCCCUCCUCCCCCGCCUGCAUCGUACAAGAAGACGCCGAUCUACUACAAGGCACCCGAGCCUGAGCCGUACUACGAGGCGCCACCUCCCGAGCCUUACUAUGCGCCGCCGGAGUACUAUGAGCCGCCGCCUAAGCCCAAGUACAGCUACUAUGAGCCUCCGUCGUACUACGCGCCUCCCGAGUACGACGUUCCCGCGGACGGCUACGGCGGAUACGAUGCUGGCACGAAAUACGGGAUCCUGCACGACUUCUUGCAGGGCUUCUUCCGCGCAAAGGCGGAGUCUACGCAGGACGUCGCCGAGUUGCAGGGCGCGCUCGAUGGCGCCGGUCUUCUCUGA